AUGCCUAUAUGCACACACAUGCAUGGCAAUAUGGGCCGACAAGCCCAGAAAUGCCCGAUAUUUUCAGACUCCCCAGCCCGGAAAAGAGUCCUCCUUGCUCAGACCUCAAGCAUGAGGUUGUUUGAGCAAACAUGUAUCGCUGUCCAGGGCUGGUUGGCUGGUCGGCUGGUCGGCUGGUCGACUGGUAGACUGGCUAAACAAGUGACUGGCCGGACAACUGGCCAGUGCGUCUUGUCGGGGCACAGGCCGGAUGUCAAUUGGCCUACAGGUAGGGCUGAGGGUUGA